AUGCUAGCACACAAGGAACAAAUCUUAGCAGAUUCUCAAUUAACCACUACCGCGCCUUUAAUUCGCUGCGUAGAACGGCCGCAGCCAAGUAAUCUAUUGGCUGCAUUCACUUUUCUCAUUCCGCCGAGUCUUGUGAAGGGCAUUAGGAAUGAGGUACAGACGAGUGAAUUUUCCUACACUGGACUUCUCUGGCAGGCAAGAGUUAUGCGCAAUGAAUUGCACAUUGACGUGCAACUCGAAUUCAUUUCACGUCCUCCCAGUAUUUCUGCAGUUUCAGAGACUGAUUCUCCAAAUUGUGGCAGCAGUACUGUCCCCAACCUGACCAACCUCAAGGAUAAGAAGAUGGUGAACUUCCUUUUUUCAGUAGACUUGCAGUUUAUUGUACUAAAUAGACAACACUUUUCAGAGAACCAAAGCUUCUCCCUGCCGGGCGCAGAAUUUACCCCAAAGCAUAGAAGCCACUGCUCAAAGAGCUUUAUCGAAACUUCCUACCUCAGCGAGGGACAAUUUCUGUUCGACGAUGGAAGCUUUUUAUUAGAACUUGAAUUCAUAAAUUCGUCCUUAAAAAUGCCUCUUCAUCUUUCAACAAAGAGUGACUUACUGAGCCUAGAAUAUGGCGGGAAGCGACCCUAUUCAUAUGCGGACGAUGAAGCUGAAGCCAGUCAAUGUAUCAAGUUUUAUACACGAACGCAAAACCUGGGUCCCAGACCAUGGCGGUUUUGCAUUACGGUUCCACCAUCUCGCUUGACUUCAAAGCAAUGGCCCCCUGAGCGUAUUGGCAUGUAUUGUUAUUAUUCAAAGGAGGGUAGGCCAAAGAGACGAAGGAAAUUCUUUGACGAUACCGAUAUCCUCACAGUAGUUUUCGACUACACCGUGGCACCGCAUAUCGAAACCCAGCAGGCCAGGUUUCGGAUAGCACCAAGUGCGCGUAAGUCAAAUACAGUUUAUAUGGCACCGGAUCCCGCGGCCGCUUUGGUUUCCAACCUUCAGACGCAGAUCCAAUCGCAUGUCUCCACUUCAAGCCCGGCUUCAGCGUUUCGACCCAGGCUGAAACUCCAGUUGUCCCAGCUCUUGUUUAAACAGUCCACUUCAAGUGCGUUAACCUGCAUAGACGAGGGUGUACAACUUUUUACCAGCCCGCUAGUGGAUACCGAAGGAUUUCCUUGGAAUUUAUAUGUCCAUUUUGACAAGGCAAAUUCUUUGGAUGAUAGAGAUAAGAAAAACAAUCUGAGGGAUACUCUUGUGCGAGCCUGCCUUCAGCCUUCUGAACCGCGAAACGCGGUAAGCCGUGUAUCGGAAAAUACUAUUCGGGUGGCCUGUUGGUGCCUAGACGUUUCUGGUCUUGCGCAAAGCCGUCAAUGCGAUAUGAUUGAGCAGUGCACAAGUUUUGCCAGCCGAUUUCAACAGCUGCAUGGUGGUCCGAUUACAGAAUGUGGGGACGAUACCCCGAAGGAUUACGUUUUCCUCGGUGAAGCCUUCUCACCAUCACAUUGCCUGUGGCCUCUGCGAUCAAAUAACUUGCCGCAGCCAAAAUGGAAAAGCCCAGAUGGAGCUAAUUCAAACGUGAGUCCGUAG